CCGCUGAAGUUUGUUUUCUGCUCGCUUCCUUACAUUUAUCGCCAUUUUGUGUCGUGUUCGUCAGCAAAUAGUGAGGUUUGCUUGCAGAUUUCACCCGGUUCACACGUGUGGAGAACUGCACGUCUAAUGUUGGCUAGGAAAAAGUAGUUAGAAAUAGCGUUAAUUUACAGGUAAUAGUGCUGAAUAGAUGGGACUUUUCUCGAAGAUUUGUGGCAUUGUCAAUGGAGGACUCCAUUGAAGUGAUCCUGCAGGACUAUGAGAAGGUCCUCCCCUCAAACAGACCUCAUCCGGUGCUGUCGGCCUGCACAGGCGCUCUGCUCACGGUGCUCUACGGGGUCUGGAGCCUCUUCACCAUGCCUGGUUUCUGCAAAGUCCCAUCAGGCCUGAAGGUUUUUGAGUGUUGCUGUUUUUUGUUUUAUUUUAACCUGUCUGCGGCUUGCAUUCCCUUUCCAAUCAAACCUUAUUGGAAUUGUGAAUUACUGUUAACUUGCACAUUAACAAUCAUUUGCUUGUUUUGGAGCCAAGUGUGCUCCAUGGUAGCAACAAAUUGAAGGAAGAAGAUAGUGAGCAAGAAAUCUCGCUGAUCUGGAGGUGAUUGUCGUUAUGUGUGUGGUUCCCUAUUUGCCCUCCAGUAAAGAUCAGACGCUGAACAUUAUGAAGCUGCUUGAGGGCCGGACAGGAUGCCUAGCAGAUCUGGGAUCAGGAGAUGGAAGACUGGUGUUUGCCGCCUCAUCUGCUGGCUUUCAGUGCACUGGGUUUGAGAUCAACUCCAUUCUACUGGCAUACGCCCGGACAAAGGCCCGAUGGACAGGUGUUCCUUCCAGCCAGGCAACUUUUGUUAAAAAAGACUUCUGGAAGACUGAUCUUUCAAAGUACAACAAUGUAACUGCUUUUCUUGCUCCAGGAGCGAUGGAAGCACUCGCUGAAAAGCUGCUGAAAGAGCUUCCCGACGAUGCACUUGUCGUCGCUUGUCGCUUCCCUUUCCCCAACUGGCCUCACCAGUCCACCGUCGGGUCCGGUCUCGACAAGACGUGGGCAUACAACAUUAAAAGUGUGCGGAAGUCAAAAGACUGAGUGAAGUAUCCAGUGUUAUGGAUGAACAAUAGGGGGCAGUCUCUAGUGCUGUGACCUUCCCUAAAUAGAUGAAUGAAGAUAAAUUAUGAAGACUAACUUAAUUGCUCUGAAAGUCCAGAUUGAAUUUUUGCAAUAUUGCUGAAUGUCCUGCAUGAGCAACUGUCUUACAAAUGACUUUUUAUAAGACAAUUCAUUUCAUUUCACACAUGCACUUUAAUACAGAAAUUGGCAGACUUAGCCUCUGUGUUGCUGUGAGCGUCAUAUUCUUUACAAUAAAUUAUUGUUG